UCAUUUACAUUUCCCUCUUAAUUUCCUUCCUUCCACUUCCUCUCAUCCAAAGCGUAGCCCCUUCUCUCACACAUCACCGAUUACCCCAACUCUCUCACUUAUCCUUCUUUCCCCGUCCUUCACACCCAUCCAAACAAGCUUUCAAAUUCUAAGGUUUCAAUUUCCCCUCAUAAACUCCGUUGAUCGGCGUACUUCCGUUGGACCACAUUACACGGAAGCGCCGCAAUUAGGGUUCAGGUUCAGUUCUUUGCGUUUGCAAUCGAAGAUUGAAUUUUAUCGUCUUUCGAUUCUUUUAUUCGGAUUGCGUUAUGUUCACACCGCAGAGGAGGCAGUCGCCAGCGAUUACAUUAACUCCUCGAAGCGAGGUGCGUAAGAGCGGUGCCGUAAAUGUGGCUUCGACUAACCUGAAGAUUGGAGGUAAGGGUAAAGAGGUAGCGUUUACUGAUGGAUCAAUGCCACCGCCGCUGCCGCCGCCGCCGCUUCCACCGCCGUUGGGUUCGCUGAGUGGUAAUGGUGCGGAGUUGGAUAGUGAAGAUAUGGGUGAUUGGAAGCGGUUUAAGGAAGCGGGUCUAUUAGAUGAAGUGGUCAUGGAGAGAAAGGACCGUCAGGCGCUUCUUGAGAAGGCCUCGAGGCUUGAAAAGGAGCUUUUUGAUUACCAAUAUAAUAUGGGGCUUCUCCUUAUUGAGAAGAAAGAGUGGAAUUUGAAAUAUGAAGAACUAAGGCAAGCAUUAGCAGAAACUCAGGAGAUCCUUAGGCGUGAGCAGUCAGCACAUAGAAUUGCAUUCUCUGAAGCUGAGAAGAGGGAGGGAAAUUUAAGAAAAGCUUUAAGCACUGAGAGGCAGUGUGUGGCUGGUUUUGAAAAGGCUUUCUGUGACUUGCAAGAGGAGCGUGCACGGAUCAAGCAUGCUUCUGAUUCAAAGUUGGCUGAUGCAAAAGCUUUAGCUGUUGGGAUGGAAGAAAAAUCUGUGGAGGUGGAAGAAAAGAUGCGUGUUGCUGAAGCCAAGCUUGCUGAAAUCAACAGAAAGAAUUCAGAGUUGGAUGUGAAAUUGCAAGAGUUGGAAGCUCGUGAAAGUGUGCUUCAGAGGGAGUGUCUCUCUUUAAAUACUGAGAGAGAAGCACACGAGGCAACUUUCUACAAACAAAGAGAAGAUUUACUUGAGUGGGAGAGGAAACUACAGAAAGAUGAAGAGAGAUUAUUUGACCUUCGAAGAACUCUCAACCACAGAGAGGAAAAGGCAAAUGAAAAUGACAAGAUUCUUGAGCAGAAAAACAGGGAUCUAGAGGAGACUGAAAAGAAGAUUGAUUUAUCUUUUGCAAAGUUGAAGGAAAAGGAAGAUGAUAUAAAUAAUCGACUCUCAGAUUUGACUGCAAAGGAGAAGAAAGCUGACUCUAUGAGAAGCAUCCUGGAGAGGAAGGAGAAUGACUUACUUGCCUUGGAAGAAAAUCUUAGUGCUAGAGAAAAAGUGGAAGUUCAGCAGCUUGUUGAUGAGCAUCGGGCUUCUCUGGAUACUAAAACGCAAGAGCUUGAGUUAGAACUAGAGGAUAAGAGGAAGGAUCUUGAUGAUGAAUUGAGAAGCAAGGUCGAGGUAUUAGGGCAACGUGAAGUUGAAAUUCUUCAUAGGGAGGAAAAAUUGAGGAAACGAGAACAAGCUUUGGAUAGGAAGUUGGAGAGAGUGAAGGAGAAAGAAAAGGACCUUGAUGUAAAAACAAAAGGUUUGAAGGAUAAAGAAAAGUCUAUGAAGGCUGAGCAGAAAAAGUUGGACCUUGAUCAUCAAAAAUUGCUUUCUGAUAAAGAGAGCUUGCAAGUUCUCAAAGAUGACUGUGAGAAGAUAAGGUCUGAAAUUGCUCAGCAGGAAUUGCAGAUUGGUGAAAAGAGUGAAAAUCUUAAAAUAACUAGUAAUGAGAGGUUAGAGCACCUCCGGUUGCAGGCAGAAUUGAAACAGGAAUUGGAGAAGUGCAGGCGUCAUGAGGAAUUCCUUUUAAAAGAAAGCGAAGAUUUGAAAGAGGACAGAGAUAAGUUUGAGAAGGAGUGGGAAGUGCUGGAAGGGAAAAGAACUCAACUUAGUAAGGAGCUAAACAAAAUUAUUGAAGAGAGGAAGCAUUUUGUGAAGUUGCAGUGCAAUGAACAGGAAAGGCUGAAGAAAGACGAAAAUGCAAUGAAGGAGUACAUUCAGAGGGAGUUGGAGGCUGUUAGACUUGAAAAAGAAUCAUUUGAAGUGAGAAAGAAGCGUGAGCAGCUUGUUUUAUCCGAAAAUGCUGAAAUGGAGCAUGAUCAAAUGGUGCGAAACUUUGAAUCACAGAGAAGCAAUUUUGAGGCUAAUCUGGUGAGUAGGCGGGAGGCAAUGGAGAAAGCCAUGCGAGAAAGGGAGAGGUUAUUUGAUGAGCAGAGGGAGAGAGAACGUAAGGAUAUAAGUUACUUAAAAGAAGUUGCUCAUAAGGAAUUGGAAGAAAUACGCGCUGAAAAGCAUAAAAUAGAAAAAGAAAAGCAAGAAGUUGCUAAAAACAAGGAGAAGCUAGAGGGACAGCAAAUUGGAAUGCAAAAAGACAUUGAUGAGCUUGUGAUGCUUAGCAAUAAGCUACGGGACCAACGGGAACAGGUUAUCAGGGACAGAAAUCUCUUCCUUACAUUUGUUGAGAAGCAUAAGAGCUGCAAGAACUGUGUAGACAUUACUAGUGAGUUUAUACUUUCUGAUCUUCUGCCUCCUGACAUGGAAGACAGGAGGAUCCUUCCCCUUCAAAGGCAAGCGGAUGAAAUUUUGAGGAAUGAUCAAGAUGAUGUGGAUGUUACUGUUGUUAUGAAUGUCAACAGAUCUCCUAGUGAACAUGAUUUGGGAUAUUCCAAUUCUCAAGAGCGCAUGUCUUGGUUCCGUAAAUGCACUUCGAAGAUUUUUAGCAUAUCACCUACUAAAAAGAAAGAGCAUGUUUCAGUUCCAAUUUUGGCAGAAGAAAAGACUGAUGGAUUUGGUAUGCUUGCCAGUAAAGCAGCUAGAGGUAGUGUUGCUGGAGAUGAAUUUGAGCAGCUUCAUUUUGAUGCCAUUAAAGGAAAGGCAGAUGGAUAUUCCAUGUCUGUUGAUGAUCACGGUAAUAUGGACAGUAAGGUAGAGGAUGCUGAACAAUCUGAGCUGAAGAGUAGUCGAAGUAAACCUGGGAGGAGACGCAAGGGUGGAAUAAGUAGAACACGUUCAGUUAAAGCAGUCGUUGAAGAUGCAAAGCUGUUUCUUGAGAAAAGCUCAGAAGGACCUGAACAUUAUGCAAAAAAGGUACAGUCUAAUGAUAUUUAUCAAAACAUUGAUGAAAGUAUAGAGAAGCCAGCCAGCAACAUUGCCAGGAAGCGGGAACGUGCACCAACUGAAACUGAGCAGGAUGCUGGUGAUAGUGAAGGAUGUUCCGAGAGUGUAACAACUGGUGGUCGCAGGAAGAGGCGACAAAUGGUGGCUUCAGCAAUUACUCCAGGGCAAAAGCGCUACAAUCUUAGGCGACACAGGACUGCUGGGGCACCCUCUGCCAAUGAAGCAUUUUCUGGCUUGACCAAGACAGGGGAGAAAGAAGCUGAUGGCGGUGCUUCUGUUGAACCAACACGAAAACCUGAAACUGCGCUUGCAUCGUCACUUGGAGUUGCUAGUGAGACUGGCAAGUCUACAGAUGCAUUGAAGGUCACAACACUAAAAAAUGUGGAGUUCUCACAGGAUAGGGCAGUCAGGGCUGACAUAUCAAAAUCUAUUGAGAUUAUGGAGUUGAGUGAGGAAGUAAAUGGUACUACAGAAUAUGGGGAUGAAGAUGAGAAUGGCAGCACAAUCCAUGAGGAGGAUGAAGAGGACUAUGAUGUUGAUGAUGAGUUGGAGCAUCCUGGCGAAGUUUCCAUAGGGAAAAAGAUCUGGACCUUUUUUACUACAUGAUGGAUGACUUAUGUUUUGUGUCUUUACUGUCUAAUUGGAUCAGAUCAACUGUGAUCUGCACAUUUUAGUUAGUAUAGGUCAUGUUGCAUUUCCGAUGAACUCAUUCAGCAAUUCCUGUAUCCAUCCACCAUUUAUGUAGUCUGUACCAGGUACCAUGGUGGAAUCAACAUAAUCUUUUUCCUAUCAUAUGCGACAUGGAGAGGCAGGAUGAGCAAUGUUAGGAACAUUUAUCUUAAGAAUCA